AUUUCUGUCCAUUUCAUCUGCUGCUUCUGACCGGCUGUCGCUGCAACUUGCAGGCCUGGAGGGAGGGAGUUGUACGAAAAGGAGCCCAUCCGAUGUUUGUUUAUUCCUCGUGUGGGUUGGCGUUUUCCACUGGCGUGCCUUUGCUCUCUUGUGUGGGUGACGGUAUCUCCAGCAGCAGUGUGGUGUGGUUCAUCUUGGAAAGGGUAAACGGAUAUUAACUUCGAAAGCAAAACCAAGGAGAAUAAUCUGCUGAAACUAUGCAGCCUGUUUUCCAACGGCACCUUGGCUGUCUUGCACGCAGCAGACACCUGAAAUGAGGGUGCCAUUAGCCCAGGUUUUGGACCCUAGGACGGAUUACUAUUUAUAUACUUAUGUGUGAUGUUUCUUUAAAGGAACGCCUCCAACUUCCUUCUAACUCCGGGUUCGAUGCACUGUCAUGAGAAGUCACCAAAACAGAAAAGGCUUCCACCAUAAAUGGACACUACCAUCUGGACAUAAUUCGUUAAUGUUCAUAUGAUGAUCCUAUGACCCACGCUCGGAAGAAAAACAUAUUUUUGUUGAAAAACCACAUCAACUACAUUGAGCCCUCCUUGGUCUGCACUGAUGGUCAAACAAUGGACAAAACCCCGCCGGUAUGCUCCAAGGCGGGAACUGGCAGGGGUGCUACUGAAAAAUUGAAGCUCAAGCGGGACUUGCUGCACAGAAUCCAAAAGAGGUAUCCCUUAAGGAAGCGCUUAACAUCUGCACAGGACGACAAGUCAUGCUCCGUGCGUCUCAGGCGGCUUGAAAAUGUGACUCGGUCAGACGCUACAGAUACUCAGUACUACAGCAGCAGGAGCCCCCAUGCUUGGAGGGAUAAGUUGAGCUACGUACAUUGUUCUGGGAACCUAAGGGCUAAAGGUGGCUGCAUGACAAUGGGCAACAAUGAAAAGGCUAGGGCAGGCAUCUCAAACAUGUAUUGUAGAAAGUGGAGUAGUGAGGAGAUGAUCACGUUAGAACCAAGGAAGCGAAGGCUGGCAUCUUUAAAUGCUGAGGCUGUAAAUUGUGUCUUAUUUGAAAGGAAGGAAAGCUCAUUAUCUAUGAAGCGUCAGCGGAAAGACUGUGCCAAAAUAAAUGGGGAUUGUGAUACUAGGAAUUUCCUUAUUAAAGGUAACAAGUCAUCAUGCUCCAAAGCAGCUAGUUCCUUGGGAUGUAUAAGUAAACCUGGGAGUAAUGACAUAUGUUUGGCAGGGGAUUCUGAUCCUUUAGUAGGUGAUGAGAUCUCUGUGGGGGCAUGUAGUAGCACUGAUGCUCAGACGGAAAAGAAGCAAGAUAAUGAUCUUAUCUACCAGCCUGUCCCCAAACGGUUAGCCAGCCUUAAUGCUGUUGCACUUCUGAAACUGAGUAAUGAAAGGAACUAUAGAGUAAAGAGACGCCUUAAAUCAGAUGGUGAUGGCAAGGCAGAAGAGCCUUCCACUGCCACCAAGACCCGGGUGAAGUGGGGCAGAAACAAGAACUGUGUCCAGGUCAACAGAGAGACCCCAACUGUGAACUCAGAUGAUUACUUUGAGCCCCAUGGGGAUCCUGAAAAGCCCUUCAGGCACACAGAUUCAUUAGACCCGGCUACAUUACUAGUCAGAACUGGCAGUGUAAAAGAUGAGUCACCAACUCGCUGCCAAGACAGCCCAGAGGAGUACCUCCACCGACUAUCCCUUUUGAUGGAGGGGUCCUCACUGACCAAGCCAGAGUACAAAGACCCAGGGAAGCUGUCCCCCACUCUUAAGAGGGAGAUGCUGCAGCCGACGUUCCCAUUCCUGCAGUGUACUGCAACACCAAUGCUGGGCAGUAUUGCAGACUGCAGCUGCCAGUUGGCAUCUACUGACUUUAUAUCUGCAAAUGGACUUUAUUUCCGUUACAAUCAUAGUGGACUACCAGUUAAUGGAUUUUCUCAGAUGCAGUACUCCUUCUGUCCAGGAGUAGGAUUUUCACAUCCAGACAGUCAUGGGGGACUCUUAGUAACUUGUAACCCCCCAACUCCAGACAGCCCUUUCUCUCAUCUUCACUGCUGUAACUCAAGACACUGUUUUGGAGACUUGGGCGGGAUCAGUGGUUAUGGAUCCUAUAGAAUAUUUCACCCACCAAUUGGCAGAGUAGGCACUGUGCACAUGGGACGAAACAGUUGCCCUCAUGACGUAACAGUCAACACAGAUGGCUACAAAUCUUUGGAGCAGCUUAGCCUUGCUAUUCCUAUGGCAGGUCGGCCAGUGUCACCUGCACACCCUCUCUCAGGAUGCCCUGUACCUAGUGUGCCAACAGCAGCUGAGCCCGUCCCACCACUGCAGACCCCAAACCUUGACCCUGUACAGCCUCAGACAAUGUCUAUGCUCAAGGUGGCUCGUGAAUGUCCACUAAGUUCAAAACCUCCUAGUGGAUCCAAGUCUAGCAUGCGGAGUGCAACAGGAAAUGUUAAUACAGCUGAUAAAAAAUCCAGCAGGGACCCUAAACAGCAGCGAAUAAGCAGAAGAAGAGCAACAAAUGGCUGGCUUCCAGUGGGAGUUUCAUUUGAGAAGGCAGUCUACGUUGUGGAUGAACAGGAACCUUCAAUUCGGAAGUGCUAUCAAGCUGUGGAGAGGGAUGGGGAACUCAUCAGGGUGCGGGAUACAGUCUUAUUGAAAUCGGGACCACGGAAAAAAUCUUUACCAUACGUGGCCAAAAUCUCUGCCCUGUGGGAAGACCGGAAGACAGGUGAACUGAUGAUGAGCCUUUUCUGGUACUACAGGCCCGAGCACAUCCAAGGAGGCAGGCGUCCUCGCAUGCACCAGAAUGAAAUCUUUGCCUCUCGGCACCAGGAUGAGAACAGUGUUGCCUGUAUUGAGGAAAAAUGCUAUGUGUUGACAUUUGCAGAGUAUUGCAGAUUUUGUGCCUUGGUAAAAUGUCACGCAGAAGGGAUACCAAGCAGAGCACUGGCACUGGUGCCACCUUCCGAAGAGUAUUCCACCCCCCUGCAUCGAAGAGUUCCAGAAGACACAGAUCCUGAGCUGGUGUUUCUUUGCCGACAUGUCUACGAUUUCAGACACGGACGCAUCUUGAAGAAUCCACAGUAACUGACUGACUCUGGAUUACUUGGCUUGUCUCCCAGCGGCUGACUUUUGGAGUGCGGGAGCUUCAGGAGCGGGCUGACAGCACGCAUUCAGGGAGAACCUUCCGGCACCUGACAGCCAGUAUAUUAGCACUGUUUUGGGACAACUGGGAGCUUAUUGCUCCCCUGUCACCCCCCUGCUGUAAUGACUAUAAGAAAAGUUAAUUAAAUACUGAAGAAUCUGCAACAGCACAUAGAACAGUACUUUGAUGUACCAAACAAAUAUUUAAGAAAAAAAAGUUGAACAAGCCAGUAAGCUGGGUUGCUGAACCGUUUAUCUUGAGUGUGCUUGGAGAACUGCAGGCAUUGUUUGCAGGCUUUUUUUUAUAAGCAGGGUUUCCAUUUGUCCUCUUCAAGGCAGCACAUUUCUCACUGAGGGUGCUAAAUCUACCCUCCCCCCAAAAAAAAGGAACACAAAAAAAAUGGAAUGUUUUUUGGUAGUACUUGCACUGAAGUCUUAUUAUCCAUUCGAGGUGGGAGGGAAAUUCUUUUCAUGAGCUAGAAGCCAUGCAGAAUUGUACCUUGCUCUGCUUUGGCUUUCUGACUACACACCACUCCAAGUCUGGGGAUUAUCAGGGGUGAGUCUUAGUUAUGCCUUUUGAGGCCAUGAGAGAAUGUAUGGGUUCUCCUCAUUAUUAAGUUUUGGUCAAUUGCUCAAGAAAGACUAGAGUAGAGGGCUAACAGCUGCAAGUAUGGAUGCUUUUACCACAGCUUGGUAUUAUGUGACACCGAUAUGUUAAGUCUGAUUCAGUGGAGGAAGGGUAUGACAAAGUAAAAAAAAAAAAAAUUAUAGUUGGUACCAUCGCCCCUUUCAUGAAGUUUUAGACAUCUGCCGGAGAUAAGUUAUAAAACCAAUACACACACACACACUUGUAGUAAUAACUGUAUAGCAACACAGGGUCUAUUGGCACUUUAUAUUGGACAAGUGUUCAGAUUGCCGCCACCUUGUUACAGCAGAUGCAUUCCAUUUCCUUCCAGCCAUCUGUUUAUACAUUUUCAUUACAUGUACGCUACACAUUUUUAAUCUUGUGUAUUUGAGUAGCGGUAUUGCGUAGUGAGGAAAGAAGAGUGCUAUGUUUAUAAUCAGAAGAACUAGGCCCAAUUCCCCACAACCUUAAAUUCCUUGUUACAGACCAAAGUAACAUUUUUCCCCAAGAGGAGUUUUAUCCAGCUAAUUUACCCGAUUACCAAAGACGAAAUAAUUAUGUACAUGUGUAUGAUAGUCCAUACCAAAGCCAUAUUUUUGCAGUGAGUUCUUUCUUCUCCACUGUUUCAGAGCUACAAGGAAUGCAUCUAGAGGAGCAACAUGUGUCUUGCUCAGGGGGUUCUCAUCUAGUACCUGAAAUGGAGGUUGAACUUGGAAUUCACUUUCUCACUUUUGCCCUCAUGAUAUCUUGUCAUGACAUUAAACUGCUUUCUUUUAAAUUUCAUUAACAGUUCGCUUCUUACAGCCAGUACUUAACCCCAUCUCAUAACCUAGUAGAGGAAGUUAUGAACUUGCACAGUGAUAUAAUAUUUUGCUGUCGUUAUUCAUUCCGAGGGAUAAUCUUUCUUUGUAGAAAGGGUUUUUACUGUGUACUCCAGCAUUCAUGGGGAAUCACAUCCACGUUAAUAUGCUAGUAUGAGUCCCCUGUCCAGGACCACGCCAACCGGAUUUCAACAAGAACUGAUGGUCUUUGAAGGGAAACCCAAAACCAUCUUGACUAUCUGUAUUAAGACAUUUUUUGUUUCUUAUUCUAGCACUAGAUAAUGCUUAGUUCCAUGAUAUGUUCAGAUAGACCCUUAGCCCUGUCCUUUCCUUUGACAGAACACUUUAAAUUUGGUUUGCUUAAUAACAAGACUCUUAUUUUGUUGUUCAUUUAUGUUGCACAGCCUUGAGGCUCUAGAUCCAUCCCAUUUCUUGCUGUUAGACCAUUCCUCCACAGUCAUGCCUUGAUCCAGAAUUCUUCACAUGUAUUCCCUUUGCUGAAUUUUGCUUUCUUUUGUUGGUCCCACUGUCUGAAUGGAUUUGCACUUUUGGGGAGAAACUGUGACUGGAGAAGACUGGGUCCAUGACCGAAGAGACUUUGGAGGGUGUGGUAGAAACUCCAUACUUGACUGCGUGAGUUCUGGUGGUGGGAAGGAGAGCACCAGGUAGUUUUACCUUUUAUUUUGUUUCCCUUCAGUGGUUAAAAGCACACGGAAAAGUGGGGUGUGUGUGAUGCAGGCUUCCUUAUAUUGUCCACCACUAGAGGCCACAAUAAGAAAAAUGCUUGCUGUCCAGGUGGAUGGUUAAAACAGCCCUUCAUUUUGCACUUACUGGUUACCAAGACUUCAUGGUGGAAGUAUUUGUCCAUGCUGUCAUGUCAGUUACCUGCAACCAUCAUCAAGUAUGUACUUGCGUUGGGACCUUCUAGGUAUCUAAAUCACAUUCCUCAUUUCGUAAGAAAAGUGUUUGGAUAAUUUCAGUAGUAUAUGUUACAUGAACUUUCACUUCAGCAUUCUUUUUCAGGAGCAUGAUGGUACUUCAGCAGUCCAUCACAGAAGUUCAUUGAACUUGUGCUCUGUGUGACAACUCGCCCUUCUUUGCAUGAGAAGUGCUCUGCUUGGUUUUUGUAUGUCAUGCAGUCGAGUGUAUUGUGAUCUUGGCAGCUACUGUUUUAAUUUACUGAUGAGUGUUUUGUACAUGGAGACUCACCCCUCCCCAGGUCAUAGAAACACCCUCAUUUAGACAAAAAAAAAAAAUCACAUUGUUAAAUGUUAUGAUUAUUUUUUUUAAUCCAGCACUAGACUACCACUGCAGCCAAGCAUGUUCAUGACAACGGUUCCUGGUCCACCAGUUGAUUUUUAUUUUUUCCUUUUAUUUCCUAGAACUGACCAAUGGGAAGGAUUGCUUCAUCAGAAAAAAAAUGCUACCUGAUUAGCGCAGAUACCUUGCCUUUUGCCUUAUUUGUAUAGAGCUAGAGGAUUGUAGUUUACUUAUUGUAACAAUGAAGUUUAAAAUGAAAACCGAAAAACCAAAGGACUGUAUAACAGAAUCCAUUACAUCGAAAAAAGGAAACCGAAGCAGAAAAUUGAGUCCACUGUUAGAUUGCACUAGAACCAACACUGCUAGAUAUUGUCGAAUUCUUAGUUUUCUGUCACUAACCUGAACAAAAAUCUGCAUUUUCAGUUUUUAAUGUUUGAGGAAGUCUGCAUAGAUAUAUUUUUGAAGGAUUGAAAAGUAUAUAUGUGUAUGUGUAUAUAUAUAAAAUUAUAGGCAUUAUUUAAACUUUAACUUCCCCACCUGAUUUAAUUAAUUAAAUUAGCACUUCAAAGUGGGCAGGAAGUUUUUAUGAAUUGGCAGGCAUAUGGAAGGUCACUUGCUUUCAGAAGUAAAAUUGUCCCUGAAAUGAGCCAUAUUUAACUGUACCAGAGUAAAACAUCCAUGUGAAAAAUCUGUUUUGAACUGUUUUCCAUUUAUAGAAACCAUCUGACCAAUUUUCUUUAAGGAACCAGAUGUUUUUGUUUGAUAUUAUUCAGUGAGAGUUUAUAGUUCCAGGGGUUUCUCACCACAUCUGUCAAUAUGGUCUUCCUGUAUACUCUGUCAGUACUGCUGCUCACUUUACUCUGAGAAUAUGAAAAUAGGCAUGCUUGCAUCAAAGUUGUGUGUUGGUCAGUAAGUAAUCUCACUUCCAGCCAGAAAGGUCUGAUGCCAGUUUUUGCAGCACCUUUCAUCAUAGCAGUGGAAUGAGAAGCUUGCAUCCUGCAUGAAUAUAAGAUGGCACAGGUAAAACGGACCUGUAUAGUACUGUGAAGGAUGUACCGGAUUCAGCUGGUGUCAUUAGGAUAAGGUUAUUAGUAUGCAUACCAGAGGGCAAUAUUUUGUGUAGCAAAGGAAAAGUUGCAGGAAAAUGGUUAAAAAUUACCUACUGAAUAUUGUCUAAUACAGAUUAAAAGGUACAUUUAGUAAUUUUAUUUUAUCCUUCAACAUGUUAAUUAUGAAUCGUGUGAAGUAUGAAUGUCCUUUUGAAGAACAAACCUGCACGUUUCUAUCAUGCUGGUAGUUGUAACGCAUUCCCUGCUCACUUUAUUUUGCAUUCAGGGGAGGAUUUGUGUUUGAUAGUGGUGACAGUUGGAUUGUGAUCAGUCAGUGUUUUAUCCUUCAAAACUGAAAUCUGGUGGCAUUAUUUUGCCUUGUUGAUGUAACACUACAUAGAAAUCAUGUAAAUCAAGCUGAAAUUAUCAAAAACUAAGCACUCCAUUGAAUUCACAAAAUAGUGUGUUUUGGGAGGGCAAGCCCCCUCCCUGCACCUUGAACUAUAUACUACGUA